AUGCAGAAAAAUGAGAUUGGGCUCAUUGCGCCAACACCGGCGCUAGACAGUUUGUCCGAAGAUGUUACCUUUCUUUGGCUCUCGGGCCAAGCGUCCAUUCCCGUAUACGACGAAGUGCCAUCGUCACUCGUAUUUCUACGUGAUCAUGUUGCUUUGAGCCGUCCGUGUAUCAUUCGCAAUGCCGUUUUGGAUAAAAGUGAAAACAAAUGUCCUCUGCACCUAACAUUGGACGACUUGGUUGACUCGGAUCCGACACUCUCCUUAGUGGUAGACGUGACUCCAGACGGACAAGGCGAUUGUUUGAGGCUUGCCCAACAUCAAACCCUGGGCUGCAAACAUAAAGAAAACAGUCAACGAACGUUUGUCAAACCAUUUGAACACCGCAUGUCCAUAUCGGAGUUUCGUUCUUGUUUGCGAGCAACUCGAUCUGGGACGACACCAUCGCUAGAGCAAAUCAAAAAUCGUAUAUUUCAGUCCACGGCCGACGUAUCAUGCACUGUUUCUGAGGAAGCAUUCAAUCACGGUCUUCCGACGGAAGCCGUUUACUACUAUUCUCGUCAAAACGAUUGCUUGCGGAGCGAGCUGUACUCGUUGUGGCAAAAAAAGCUCUUUCCGGAGAAUUUUGUAUGGGCAUCCGAGGCCUUUGGUGUGCCCGAACCGGAGGCUGUCAACCUUUGGUUGGGCAACGAGCAAGCAGUUUCUUCGAUGCACAAGGAUCACUACGAAAAUUUAUUCUACGUCCUAUCGGGCGAGAAAGUUUUCACUCUUUGUCCUCCAGCUGAUGCACCAUUCUUAUACGAACAGAAUUGUUCGAGUGGAUGCUUUCAGUACAGCGCGACCGAAGGCUGGACGAUAAGCUCCGAUGUUCAUCAAGACGGAACAACAUUGAAGAUCCCUUGGAUUUCUGCCGACGUGGUCGAGAAAGAGAAAUCGGAGGUUCUUGAUGAGUUUCCACUUUUGACUUAUACGCACCCUUUGGAAGUGCACAUUCGAGCUGGCGAUCUCUUGUAUUUACCGGCUUUGUGGUUUCACAGAGUUACGCAAUCCUGCGAGACCGUUGGCAUAAACUACUGGUACGAUAUGAAAUUUGAUUCACCUUCUUGGUGUUAUUUUCAUUUUUUGCAAUCCCUCAUACCCAACGAGGCCAUCCAAGGCUGA